AUGACAAAGAAAAAGAAAAUAACAGUUAAAGGUGAAGAUUUGAUUCUUGAUUACUUGGGAAGAAUGAGCAUCUCCAAGAGUCUCCUUAUUCAUCUUUCUUAUCUCAAAAAUAGGGCGCUCUUUUUUUUUUUUAUUCGUGCGGUCUUUUCCUCCAUCUCCUUUCAUCUCCCCCUCCACUGCUGCGUGCUCGCAGCAUCCUCGCCGCCCUCCACCGCCGCCGGAAAGGUGCCGCCACUACCAGAUGGAAGUGCUUCUGUAACAGCGAUGCAUUCGUCGUCGUCGUCAGAGGAUGUUUCAUCCAAGAUGCGCAUAAUCAAGCUACGAUCCAUGGCUGAUGAUAGCACCGUCGGAGGGCAAAAUUCUCAGUGUUUUCCUAAUAUGACCGGUCGCCUCCCUGGCCUGACGUGCGGCGCCGAGCACUCGUAG